AUGUCACGUGAUCACCUUGCGUCCUGUCAUAGUAGAACAGGGCUGAACUGAGCAUAAACAACAUUUUCCUCACAACAGUUUUGAUUAUAUUUAAGAGCUUAAUUCGUGUAGAAUGAAGACGUUGAUAGGUGUAAAUUAUCCAGGCUGUGUUUCGCCAUCGACAGUAGUCUAUAAAUGUUUAGGUUGACAGAUAAAUGGCUUGCUUUAGCGUUAGCUUCAAGCUCAUAUCUGUCUAAUCUCUGCUAGUCUCCUGUCAGAGGCCACAUCUAGCUAGCUAAGCUAAGCUAAGCUAAGCUAAACUGAGCUAAACUAAGCUAAGCUAACGACAAUGCAAGUAGAAACAGCAGGAAUGCGAAUUUCUGAAAGUGAAGGCAAGCUCGAUGUUCACACACAGAGCUCGUUCAGGACGACCUCAAAAAGUUGGCAGUACAGUGAUCACAUGGAAAAUGUAGCCGGAUAUUUAAUGAAGUACACAAAUCUGGUAACAGGAUGGCAGUACCGGUUCUUCGUACUGAACAACGAGGCAGGGCUGCUGGAGUAUUUUGUGAAUGAGCAAUUACGGCCCCAGAAGCCCAGGGGCACGUUGCCUUUAGCAGGUGCAGUCAUUUCCCCGAGCGACGAGGACUCGCACACUUUCACUGUCAAUGCCAUCAGCGGGGAGCAGUACAAACUCAGAGCUACUGAUGCUAAAGAGAGACAGCACUGGGUAAGCAGGUUGCAGAUCUGCACACAGCACCACACUGAAGCCAUGGGCAAGACUAACCCACCACUAAAGACUCGCAGUCUGUCCGCGGCCUCUCAGGGCAGUUCCAGUUCCCCGGCGUCCCAGCGCAAAAUCAGCCAUAACACCGGCUCCCUGUUGGGUCUCUCUCAGCUCCAGCAUGGCUCCUCCAACUACUCCAGCAAACAUUCUGUGCUGCGUGACCACCUGGUUGAGGCUCGUGAGAUGAUGACCCAGGCGCAGGACCAGCACAGAGACCUGGUACAGUGCAUUGAGGGCCUGCCGGCAAGUCACAAUCCCUCUCCACUGGAUCAGGACCUCCUGCUGCUUAAAGCCACCUCUCUGGCCACAAUGACUUGCCUUAAUGACUGCCUUCACAUCCUGCAGCUUCAACAAGUGGCCCGGCACAGAGUUCCACUUGGAGGGCCGACCAUCGAAUGGCUGGAACCCAAACUGCCAGACGUGCUGAAGAAUGGUGGAACUCUGGCUAGCAUCACCAAAGACAGCACCAAAACACAAGACACAGCUGUAGAACCUGCUGAAAUGGACUCCUGUGACAUUGCUGGGGAACAAGAAGACAUUGAUACGGAAGAGGAGCAAGAAGAUUCUUUGCCAGCUGAGGAAGAGGAUUUGGGAGCAGUGGAGGAAGAACGUAGUGUCAUCUUGCAUCUUCUCUCUCAGCUCAAACUGGGCAUGGACCUUACCAGGGUGGUCCUUCCUACCUUUAUCCUGGAGAAGCGCUCUCUGCUGGAGAUGUAUGCAGACUUCAUGUCACACCCAGACCUUUUUGUGGCCAUCACAGAUGGCACUAGUCCAAUGGACCGUAUGAUCAGAUUUGUGGAAUAUUACCUCACUUCCUUUCACGAGGGCCGCAAGGGCGCGAUCGCCAAGAAGCCCUACAACCCAAUCAUUGGCGAAACAUUCCACUGCUCCUGGAGCGUGCCAAAGACGGCAGAGUCUCAAGGAAGCGUUCAGAAAGAGAGCUCCAGUGCCUCAGACUGCUAUAAUGUGAGAUUCGUGGCAGAGCAGGUGUCCCACCAUCCACCUGUCUCGGGCUUCUAUGCUGAAUGCCAGGAGAGGCAAAUGUGUGUAAACACACACGUGUGGACCAAAAGCAAGUUCAUGGGCAUGUCUAUUGGUGUGUCCAUGAUUGGAGAGGGUAAUUUGCACCUGUUGGAGCAUGGCGAAGAGUACACGUUCACUCUGCCAUCUGCCUAUGCCCGCUCCAUCCUCACUGUGCCCUGGGUGGAGCUGGGCGGAAAGGUCAACGUCAACUGCGCCAAGACAGGCUAUAGUGCAGCAAUCACCUUCCAAACCAAGCCUUUCUAUGGGGGCAAGCUGCAUAGAGUGAAUGCGGAGGUGAAGCACAACCCCACCAACUCUGUAGUGUGUCGCGUGCAGGGGGAGUGGAAUGGUGUGCUCGAGUUUACCUACAGUAACGGUGAGACACGCGUCAUAGAUGUCCUCAAGCUACCCAUCACCAGGAAACGAGUGCGGCCCAAAGAGCAGCAAGGACCUUAUGAGUCCAGGCGACUUUGGCAGCAUGUGACUGAGUCCUUACUACAGAAAGACAUGGAAAAGGCCACAGAGCACAAGCGCUUCCUGGAGGAGAGACAGAGGAAAGAGGAAAGACACCGCAACGAGACAGAGACGCCAUGGAGAACCAAAUACUUUGAAAGAAAAGGUGAAGGCUGGGUGUAUCACAAACCACUGUGGAAAAGUGUUCCAGCACGGAGCUCUUCACCUGCAGCGCUUCAGUCUAACCCCUGACCACAGCUCCAAACCUGAUCCCUCACCUGCAGGAGCCUGACCCCCUCUGGGUCUGUCUGUGGGGUCUACGCUCUUAUAAAUAAGAGGCACAGGCACACACACGCACACACACGCACACACACACACACACACACACACACACACACACACACACACACACACACACACACACACACACACACACACACACACACAAAAAAAACCAUACACACACAACCACAUUAAAAUACAUUUUCAAAGACUCCCUUCCUUAUGAUUCCUUAAUAAUGUUAUGGAUAUAAUGCUUUGUGGAGAGCAGUGGACUGCCUGAAUCGGAUCAUAUUUAGCAUCCCUUGAUUUGGGUAUAAUAUCACAGUGAAUCAUUCUGAUCCACAAGGGAUCCCAGUGUACACAGGCAUCUUUUGUUGAUGUUGCCUUAACAGGAGUUGUGAAUAGCAUGCGAACAUUUUGGUGAUGUCUGACAGGUGUUUAAGUGAGGACUGUGUUUGAGGAUGCUUUAUUAACUUCUCUUGAUCUUAUUAUAGAAUGCUGUUAUCUGGCCAGAUUAUGGCCGAACCUUUUUUCCAAUAUGUGAGGAGUUUAUUUGAUGUAUUAUGAUUUUAAUAUCAUCAGGGAGAUCUUCAAGGUUUUGUGCAGGAGCGUUUAGAUGUUUGACUAAAUGACAAGCAGUAGCUCAUUGUUUUUCACCAGAGCUUGAUUCCACCAAGCAUCUGGAGCCAUGAUGACAGCAAAUUUGCUGGUUUGGCGUUUGUUAUACGCUACAGUGGUUAGCCAAGUGUUUGAAGGAAGGUGAUGAGAGCUGUAUUAGUAUUGGUAAGGCUUUUUUCUGUCUCUUGCUUGACCUUUCCUCUCUGUCUGUUUCAUCAUAGCUCAGGUGGGGGCUUGCUCUGAUUUCAAAACAGUGCUCUCUUGUUUUGAAAGCGCACAGAUUUUCUUGCUUUGAUUAUAGGAUUUUUAAACAACUUUGAACGAAUCCAUCAGUUACCAGACUCCAUUAAUCUUCUCUAUUGAUAUCUGUGAAUAUGUCAAACGAUCAUACAGUAUUAUUGCAAUUUGAUCAGAAAAAAAAAAAAUCAAAUCACUUGCAGUGAAUGGUCUGUAGAUUUCAUUUCUCUUUCAUGUAAUUCUACCUCUCUAACUGAAACCCUUCAGUCUAAAAGGCAAUCAUAUAUCAACCACAGAGAGCUUUAUGUGAAAGACACAGUGGAUAUCUAGUUUUUGAGCCAUAAAAGCCAGCAGAUAUAAUAACAAUGGAAAACCGAAUGACCUAAAAUAUUAAGUGUGUACUUUCCUGCUUGACUGGAACCAAGUUCAUUUACUUUAAAUGCUGCAUUACUUCUAAUUGAUGACAGUUUAUGUGAGCAUGUGUUUAUCAGAGCACAAGUAAAGAGCCUCUCAUGUGAAAGCUCUACUUUAACCCUGGUUGGUCUUGCUGAGAAACUUGUGGUGCCUUAUUUGUGUUGGUCUUCCUCCUGUUCAUGCCUGCAAACACAUUCUUUAUGAAACAUGUUAUGAGUAUGUGCAGAUAUGCUCCCAUUUCCCAGCAUCUUGGCAAGGACACCCGGUCUGUUCGCUCUGUACGGUUUCUGUGUUUUAAUUCACACACUUGGCUUUCCACUCAGGGGGCUGAUUUUCAGAAUACAGAUUCAAUCCUAACCAAGUUACAGGACACUUACAAUGGAGAAUCUUCCCUGAAAAUGUCUAAAACUAUGUGAUCUGUGUCUGCAAACAGGCCUCAAAUGUGUAUCUAGCUGAGCUGUGAACUGCACUGAUGUUUUAAUUAUCCUUCUGGUAGCUUGAGAAAAGAAAUGAAUGAACUAAUAAAGUUGAUAAUGUAUUAGGACAA